UUUGGCCUUCUUAUUUCUCUACCUUUCCUCCUUCCUCCCUGCUUUUCUGUGUGACGCAAGGCAGUGCCCGCUCAGAAACCUGCUAGCCUAGCUCCGAGGCUGGCACUGGGGAACUCCAGCUAGGCUGGGCGGCCUCGCCUUUCUUCGAUUCCUUUCCUCCACCCCCACCCCCCAACCCUGCCAUGGAGACACUUCCCGGGCCGUCCCGGCUGCCUCGCUGGAUUUCGGCCCAUCGCACCCUAGAGAAAGCUCUCCAGGGCUUGGCGAAGUUGCAGCACCUGGUGGGGCAGCCUCGCCUGGGCCUCCGCAACAGCCCCCCUCACCUGCCGUACCUCCUGCCCCAGACGCACCAACACCUGAGGCUUGUUCGGGAACACUACGGGGCAGGUUUGGCCCAGCUCUGGGAAGAAACCUACUUUCGGGUCUUCCUCACCAACCUACUAGAGAAGAUCAAGCAAGCCACGAGGCUCUUCAAGAGGGAGAAGGAGGAGAUCUUCCAGGAGGGCUCGGCUGCCAGGAGGAACCUCACCAAGCUGUCCCUGAUUUUCAGCCACAUGGUGGCCGAACUACAGGCUCUGUUCCCCGAUGGGCAGGACCGCGGCAGCACCUACCAGCUCAGCAAGCCCGAGGCCCAGACCUUCUGGAGGGAGACAUGGGGUUCAAGGAGCCUCGUAACCUGGUCUGAAUUUCGAGAAGGACUCCAUCGGGUCCACCCCGUGGAUCCUGGCCCAAUGGCCUUAGCCCUGAGAUCCACCAUCGACCUCACCUGCAAUGGGCACAUCUCCGUAUUCGAGUUUGACAUUUUCACCCGCCUCUUUCAGCCUUGGCCGACACUGCUCAAGAACUGGACGUACCUCGCGGUCACGCACCCGGGAUACAUGGCGUUCCUCACCUACGACGAAGUGAAGGCACGCCUGCAGGCUUACACCAACAAGCCCGGCAGCUAUAUUUUCCGCCUCAGCUGCACCCGGCUUGGCCAGUGGGCCAUCGGCUACGUGACGGAAGACGGGAGCAUCUUGCAAACCAUCCCACAGAACAAGCCCCUCUUCCAGGCGCUGAUUGACGGACGCAAGGAGGGCUUCUAUCUGUAUGCUGACGGGAAGAAUGCAAAUCCGGAUCUGGCAGAGUUGACGGAAGUGUCAUCCCAAAACCGAAUCCAGGUCUCGCAAGAGCAGUUUGAACUCUACUGCCAGGUGGGCUCCACCUUCCAGCUCUGCAAGAUCUGCGCCGAGAAUGACAAGGAUGUCCGGAUCCAGCCUUGCGGGCAUCUUCUCUGCCGGGGCUGCCUCAACACAUGGCAGCUCUCCGAAGCUCAUACCUGCCCCUUCUGUCGCCGGGACAUCUGGGGCCACGAAGACAUCCUCAUCGACAGCUACAAAGAAGACAACGCUGGCCUGGAGGACGAGGGGGACGAGGGGGAUUUGGAAGACGUGGAGGCGGUGCUUCGGGAACUGGCCGUGAUGCGCCAGGGGAAAGAGCUCCAGGCAGCAAAUGCUGUGUCGUCUCCGUGCGACACCCCCCAGUUGCAAACCCCGCCAGUGCCGCCUCGGCUAAACAUGCAGGGGCAGAAGAAUAUCCCCCUACCCAGUCCUGACUACCAGGCCUCCUCCUCCGGCCACUGGAUGCUUCAUCGGCCCUUGCCAAGUCUCCCCCAGGGCAGCCCCCCUUCAGCAGCGCCUUGGGACACCCUGGCAACUUCUCCGUUUCCUAGGGGGGAGCAGCUGACCUGAUUGUGGCUGAGACGGCAGCGGAGACGGCUGAUGCCAUCUGCAACGCACAAUCUGCUCCGCUGGAAGGUACCCCUGUCCCUCCGCCUCCGGCAUCCCAUCGCCAGCCUGGAUUGCAUCCGUUGGGGGCAGCAGCCAUGCAAGACUGAACUCUCCAUCUCACUGGUUGUCACCCACUCUGCAGCUCCCUGUUUGCCAGGGGGAAAGACGGGCUUGCUCCUCUUCAACUCUUUGCCUCGCAGCCUUGAACUGCACGGACUUCCCCUGCUAAGGAGGAAGGAAGCCGGCGCGACAGAGCCAAGUGGGUCCUGGGUGCCUUUUCAGACUGGUACCGGUUUUCCCAGGAGAACGGCACAACCUGCGCAAACCACAUCGCACAGACAGCCACUCCUGCCAGCAGAAAGUUGCUCAGCACUCAAAGCAUCGUUGCUGGGAAACAGCGGUUUCCCGCUCCUGCCAAUGCGUCACAAGAGCUUCCUCCUUUCCUUGUGAGAAUGACAGUGGUGCUCAUGCCACUGGCUCUGACUGGACAGUGUCCAUGCCGUCAUCGCCAUGUCCCAUUCCUUGCCUAGCUGCGUCAUUGUUUGGCAGGCUGCUGGUUUUUGUAAAUUGCUCUGGUGCCUUUUCCCCCCUUUUGGGAGCAUACUCAGAAGGAAGGGUCAAAUUUUUUUCCCCCAGACCUUCUGAGGCCAGGAUUGAAUCUGGCCUGUGUUACGAGUGGUAAAGAGUUAGUUUUGGUUAGCAUUUCAAGCUAGCUGUGUGUGCAUGAUGCUUUUCUUGGUUGGAUGGAUGCUAUAUUAGCCACAUCCACAAGGUGGUGUCAACACUCAAGUGAUAGAGGCAGUGAAUACCACAAGUUCAAGUUCGAACUUGUGUAUACACACACACACACACACACACACGCUUGUGCACUUCUAGGGCAUUUCCAGACUACGGCUGCUUCCAAGUGGGAUUCAUUCUCAUGCCUGCAAAUUCAGGUUGCACUUCUAAAGACGAUUGGGCUGCUGUUUUGCAGCAGACCUGCUUCCCCCAAAAUCAGAUUUUAUUGCAAUAUGGAAAAUGAUGGAAAAAAAUGUCCUUGUAAAGUGUGAGAUGAGAAUUGCUUGACCUGACAUUGUGCAAACUCCCCUCAAAGAAAUCAGAAUGUAUACUCAGUAAAUAUAAAUGUCGUCUAACCUCCCUGCAAACCUUGUGCAAACAAAUCAGAAUGAAAGUGUAAUAAACAGGUCGCCUGGAAGCGACCGGAGGCUCCUUUCAGAUUUUUAAA